GACGCAAAAUAUCGCUCUACUUGAAUCCCGUUUACAAGAUGUAGGUGGUGAAACAGCCCAAAUGUCUCGUAUCAUCGAUGACAAAACGGAGGAAAUCGCGCGCUUAGAAGGAGAACUGGCUCGAUUACACGAGCGGCAACGGGCGGCUUCAUUCUGUGGCCGUCGCAUUCAGGAUUCUUCAGAUGGUCAUGACCCGACAGAAGAUGCAAUUGCUGCAAUGGAGCUAGUACAAAAGAAGAUGAAAAUGGGAACAGAAUUUGGAGAUGUUAUUCUAAUUAGGGAUUCCUUUCCUCAUUCGUCAGCGGAGGGAAAUAACCAGGAUAAUCUCAUUCAUAUGAAGCUCUUUACUUUCAUUCAAAGUCACAACAAGAGUGCAACGUUAAUCACCACACACCCUUCUGUAGAAAAGUCUUAUCGCCCAGGAUUACUUAAACUCAAUUCGGCUGUUGUCAAGAGAAAAAAAGAUGAAGAAUCAUUGGCAGAGCCUGUUCAAAUGCUCGUUGCUAGUGAUUUAAAUGAAGCCGUAACAGUAACAUCACGUUCACGUUUCAACAACAACUUCACCCUUGUUCAUACUUCUUUGGAAAAAGGAGAGCUGGACCGCAAAGCGAAAUUGAAAGAUCUAGACAAAGCCAUUGUAGAAAUAUACCAUGGAGUUUCUGUGAAUGGAAUGAUGAUUGUAAUAUUUGGGGGGAAAACUAAUCCUGUGCAGAACGGAGCUUGUCUUGUGCGUGUAAAUAACAGAUCUCGACCAUUGUGAAUUACAAUGCAUUUGAAUUUGAAUGUUUAUUUUAUUGUUUUUUCCUAUUUCUGCUUUCAUGCUAUUUCAAUUUGAAGGUAAACACAACUUUAAUUGCUUCCCUUACAUUUGGAAAACGACCAGCAAAUUCAGACAUCAGACCCUACCCGCUUCUCGCUCAGUUUUUUUGUGUGUGGCUGUGUGCUUGGCAACGUUGUUGCAGACGACGAACUCAAACCAUGUAUAAAACAAUAACAAACGAUUCGGAUCAACGGAUGACAAUACAUUUGCUUUGAGUUGGCGCGGAGAGCUUUCAAAUAAAUAGGACGUCAAAAAUUCUGUGUAUUUAAAUCAUAUGAAAUGACAGAUCAAAGUUCAAUAGAGUUAACUAUUUAUGUCCUUACAUGGACAGGAUCGGUGCUCUACUCCAUGUAUCAGUUUCAUUUAGCCAGUGACAGAUUUUCCCAAUAUCUUGCAGAAGAUCUGGUCUCUGGCUGGAAAUGGAUUGGUCGUCAGGUAGAUACAGCUGACUUCGAAUGGAAAAUGUGGACUCCCAUUUUUUUUAAGUGGUUAAAAUUUGUCAUCCCAUACCUAAUCAUUAGUUUGACAAUCAAAAGAAAGUAUCCACAAUCAGUAUCUAUAAUCAGUACAGCCAUGUCUUUUUGUUGGCUAUGGAGCAUGCUUGGACUGCAACUAACAGUCUUCAUGUUUAUCCAACCAGUGCUAUUCCUAUGGAUUUUAAAAUUCUUUUCAUUAGCUUUUGUUUGGCUUGUCUGUAUAAGCUUUACACUUACAUUGCACUCUUCUUUAUUCUCAGAGCUCAAAACAGAUCUAUUUGAAGAUAAUUCUACUCAAGAGUAUUUAUUCACGGUAAUUCUGGCAUGGACUCAUGCUCGUUCAAUCAGUUAUUUGGUUGAUAGUCGCUCCGAUGCUUACAAAAAUAGAUUUAUGAAGUUUUACCACUAUUGCUUCUAUCUUCCCUUAUUGCCAACGGGGCCGUUAAUGCUUUAUCGGGAAUUUAAAGCAUCUCUAGAAAAUCCUGUGAGUCAGAAUUGUAGUUUAAUUCACGUAACUAAGAGCAUAGCACUCAUCGCGCGCUACCUCUUUUGGUGGUUCUUUCACCAGUUUGCCUUACAUUAUUUUUAUCAUACCGCGUUGCAAUAUCACAUUGGAAUUGUUCGGCACUUGGAUAUUUGGUCGGCUGCAGGACUCGGUUACACGCUUGGGCAGUUUUUCAUGACCAAAUAUUUGGUUUUGUACGGAUUGCCAUCCUCAUUGGCGAAAUUGGAUCAUAUUGAUUCACCUCCUCCUCCCAAAUGUGUAGGACGAAUUCAUCUCUAUUCCCAAAUGUGGCGCGAUUUUGAUCGAGGACUGUACAAUUUCAUGCUGCAUUACAUCUACAUUCCAUUCAAAGGGACUUCAGACAAAGUCUGGGCGAAGUUGAUGGGAACGGCUUUAUGUUUUGGUUUUGUCUGUAUAUGGCAUGGAGCUUCAACUGCAGUGGUGAUUUGGUGUGUGUCAAAUUACUUUGGCAUUUGUCUGGAAACAAUGGCCAAAUAUCCCUCUACUUGCUGGCCUAUUGCAAAUUGGAAAGCAAACUGGUCCACGCCCAAUUGGCUACGUUUCCAAGCAGCUGUAGCUUCACCACUUCUCCUCGUGUCAGCACUUUCCAAUUUUUGUUUCUUUACGGAUGCCAAAGUUGGCUACGUCUUGACCCAAAAAGCUGUUUACGAAGGCGGAAUCUUGAGGCUACUGUGUAUUGUAAUGGUCAUGUAUUGCUGCUGUCACGUCUCCAUGGCUCUAAGUCGUCGCAGUAAAAAGAAUCUCAUUUGUCAAGCACAUCGAGACUAAUUUCAGGUCACUGAAUUUAGAGAAAAAGUGCAAUUAGUUAUCUUUGCCAGUAAAUUUGUUAUUGAUUUUUCGUUGAUUCCCUUCACUUCUCCUAAUUUUCAUUCUCGUGCGGUAACCAUUUGAAUGAAUAAAUUAAGAAAAACUGC